AUGGAUCGCCCGUUAGCCCAAAACAAGCGUACACGCAAAGGCACAGCCAAAUCUCGAAGGGGCUGCGCCAGAUGCAAAUCUCGGCGGGUCAAAUGUGAUGAGAAACGUCCCUCUUGUGAAAAUUGUGUACGAAUUGGCCUUCAAUGCCCUGGAUCCCAGAAGCAGCCGCUGCGUUGGUCGAGGAAACACGAACAAUCCGAGGAGUAUACAUCAGUUAGCAACCCACCGCAGGACCAGGUUCAAGCCGACGCUACUUCGCUACGCAACAACGAAGGGUGCAGUGAAAUCGUAGCGCCGUUAGUGAACUGCCUGGUGGCAUCGGAUGCACCACUUAAGGAUACAGAGUGUCCUGAGGCUCUUGAGCAUUGCGACGUUCUAGGCUUCGUUCCAGACAUCUGGCAUACUCAUGAUGAGUUUCUGAACCCACGAACCGAUGAAGAUGCUGGCCGGCCUUGGGACUGGUCGCGGGAUACGCCAAUGACCACCAAGACCUUUGUGCUGCCAGACAAUCAGUGCAACAUGCUUGCUGCAUCAAUCUCCAGGUCUUUGCACGGAUUAACACAUUUGCCGACCAUGUUAAUCGAGUAUUGGUUUUGUUACAUUUGUCCAAUACGGUCCACAUUUGACUCCGACAUUAACUUCAAUCGAAUCCUGGCCAAAAAUGCACAUGCGAGGGCCGAAGCUGUCAUGUAUACCAUGCAGGCCAUGUCAAUUGCCUGUCUUUUGAAGGAUAUGCCACAACUCCGCGAGACCUCUUUGACCCUCCGAUCGAAAGCUAUCUCGGCAAUCAACUGCACUCUAACGCAAGUCCGGACUGCAAACUCGAUUGAAGGCCAAAUCGUAACUGAUCUAAUCUUUGCCGUCUUUUGUAUUGGUACAUCUACAAGUUGGCUAGCAUCUUCAUCUAUGGAAGAUGAUCCAUGGCUAGAUAUCGCUCGCGAAUUACUUUGCUACUGGAGACGAGACCCCGAUACAGCAGACACUCUGGUUUAUGCAUACUUUUGCCAGGCACUUACUUACUGGAAGAUGCUUCUUGCUGCGGAAGGUCGAGGCCCAACAUACAUGAAAGUUCACAGAAACCAGCAGCAAAGGCGAAGCAGGCUCCGCCAAGCGGCCCAGUUGAUGACCAAUGAUUCUUCUCCUGAAGUUCCUUACGACGAGCCUGCUUGUGGCCCUAUUAAUGUUCUUCUGGGAAGCCGACCCAAUUCCUGGUGUGGCAUAUCCAAUGAAGUGAUUGACAUCUUCGGACAAGUGAUGGCUCUCUGUCGCACUACCAUGUGUCAAAAACUCAAAUCCCCAAACCCUCCAUCAGUCACAGAACUGAGCAAUAAACUCUGCGAUCUAUCGAUAGCGCACGGGUUAUACAGAGAGCUCAAUUCUAUGGACUUUGGUGCGCUUGUCCUCAUGGACGAAGUGCAAGGGUUCCCGGUGCAUACACAAGAUGACAAUACGCCCAUUGCCCAUCUGGUGCAGACCGCGGAAGCGUAUCGCCUAGCCGGGAUUCUACAGCUCAAAUUGGCUUUCCCCGAAAUAGUAUCCGAGCUCAGUGAUCAUGAGACAAUCAGAAAUGAGAAAUUCCAGGCAGACAAUGUCGUCGCAUCUGCCCUGCAGCUGGUUUCUCUGCUUGAGCAAAUACCUCCUGAAUCGGGUUCGCUUUCUAUUCAUGCCUUACUCUUCCUCUCUGUUGCUGCGGGUCUUGAGUGCCCAGCAAAGAGGCAAAAGACUUUCACCUGGAACUACACCACCAGGGAGGAUCCUGAGCUUUUCUGCGAUCCCAAUUCGAUGUCAAUGUCUGGUCAGGCUAAUUGUCCAUCUGUUACAGAAGGUGCACAAGUGCCACGAUAUUUACAAGAUCCCAGAUCAGGCACUGUUCAUUAUGGGUAUGGAUUUCUGCCGCCGUUGACCUGGGAGAUAUGCAAGGCGCGUCGUUUUGUUCGGACUCGGCUUGCGAUUCUUCAGCGAAAACUUCCACACAGAGCGAGCAGCAGUUUGUUACAAAUUGUUGACACUAUCUGGUCCGAGUACGACGAACGCUUUCAACGUAUCCAUUGGCUCGAGGCUUUGGAGCAGUGUGGAUCGGGAAUUAUUCUCUUAUGA